AUGGCACCCAUUGUUGGUAGUGGGAAGUUUGUGAUGUCACUUAUAAUCAAUGAUGAUGGAAAACCAAGAGAAUACAAUAGAAUGGAAUUGGCAGAUUCUGAUGCCGAUUCCGACAAGAAAGUGACUCAGUGGAAACAGAGCUUUCAUCAGAUAGGUUUGGAUGUAGCACGCACAGAUCGUUCUCUUGUUUAUUAUGAGAAUGAAGCUAAUCAAGCCAAGUUAUGGGAUGUUCUUGCUAUAUAUACUUGGGUAGAUGAUGAUAUUGGUUAUGUUCAAGGAAUGAAUGAUAUAUGUUCCCCAAUGGUUAUUCUUUUGGAAGAAGAAGCAGAUGCAUUUUGGUGCUUUGAGCAUGCGAUACGUAGAGUGAGAGAAAAUUUCAGGUCUAAUGCAACUUCUAUGGGAGUGCAAUCACAACUUAGCAUACUUUCACAAGUUAUGAGAGUUGUUGACCCAAAGCUUCAUCAACACCUUGAAGGGUUGAAUGGUGGAGAAUAUUUUUUUGCAAUUCGUAUGCUAAUGGUGCUUUUCAGAAGGGAAUUUUCCUUUGUAGAUGCGUUAUAUCUAUGGGAGGUUAUGUGGGCCAUGGAGUAUAAUCCAAACAUGUUUGUGCAUUAUGCUUCAAAUGGUUCGAAUGAAGUUGUUGUAACAACAAAAUUAAGCAAGAAAAUGUUGCAACAGUAUGAGAGAAAAAACAUGAAGAAUGGACGCACAUAUCAAAAAGUCUUCUUGUUGUUUUCUUGGUUGCAGGUGUUCUAG